UCUGUGUUUUGUACAUUGUCAUUCAACCGGCUCUGUGUGAUGCCUUUAGAAAAUGAUUAUGACUCUGCAUUGUUGUUCGAGACUGAAGGAGUAGCUCUUUACUCAUGAAUAAAGCCUUCCUAUAAAAGAGAGGCUGCAACCAAAGAAAAGAGCAAGAGGAAAGAAGAGAGAGAGAGAAAGAAAGAAAGAAAAGAGAUGGAGUCACAGGGCGAAGGGUACCCUCCCUUUUCAGUCUCAACUGGUGGUGAUGAGAGUAUGCAAGGUGUUAUGCAGAAAGAGGUGAACCCCUCAACUAGUGCUCCCCCUCUUCCAGAACUUAGGCUAGUCCUGCUGGGAAGGAAAGGAACAGGGAAGAGCUCUGCAGCCAAUACCAUCCUGGGAGGAAUAGGGGGGUUUGAGAGCGGCAGACCAACCGAGGAGUGCUCGAAAAAGCGAGCCGAUCUAACCAGGAGACGAGUCACUGUGGUAGACACCCCUGGCUGGGAAUGGUACUACCCGCUCAACAGCACCCCCGACUGGGUCCGGAGAGAGACGUUGCGCAGCAUGUCCCUGUGCUCCCCCGGACCUCACGUUAUCCUGCUAGUGAUACGUUCCUGUGCCUCGGUAACCGAGUCCUACAGGAAGCAAAUAGAGGAGCACCUGGAGUCUCUGGGGGAAGGGGUGUUGGACCAUACCAUGUUGCUGUUCACCAGGGGGGACGAGCUGGGUGUGGUGCCCAUGGAGCAGAGGAUCCUAACGGGUGGGGCUGCCUUCCAGCAGCUGCUACGGAGGUGUGGGAACAGGUACCAUGUCCUGGACAAUAGGAGCCGGGGAGAUGGAACUCAGGUAAGGGAGCUACUGAGGAAGAUGGUGGAGAUGGUGGAGAACAAGGGAGGACAUUUUGGGGCAGAUCCUGCCCUCCUGAGGUUGGAGGCAGACGGGAGGAGGAGAGCGAGGGAACGGAGGAAGAGGCAGAGACAGAUGGAGGCCCAGACUCAGAGGGGUACCAUCCGAGCUGUGCUUAUGACUGACGCUGGAUCCCAGGGCUCUGAUUGGGAUGGGAAACAACCAUUCUCCAAGGGUACUCGUCGUCUCCCAGAGCUGAGACUGGUCCUCCUGGGAGAGAGAGAGACGGGGAAGAGCUCGGCUGGGAACACCAUACUGGGUGGAGGUGGAGAAGGAGCAGGGUUCUUCCAGACAGGGAGAGUGACGGAGGAGUGCGCCCGGUGCCAGGCAGAGGUAGCCAUGAGGCUGGUCACCGUAGUGGACACCCCCGGUUGGGAAGGUGGAGUAGCAGGCCCCACCCCAGAGAGGGUAAAGCGGGAGAUGGUGUGGGGUAGCGUGUCCCUGUGUCCCCCGGGACCCCACGCUGUGCUCCUCACCCUGAGGGUGGACACCUUGGUCAGUUCCACACCUGUAAGAGAACACCUGGAGCUCCUGGGGGAAGAGGUCUGGAGGCAUGCUGUCCUCCUGUUCACCCAUGGGGACCAGCUGAGGGAGGGGGUGGGCAUUGAGCAGCACAUCCAAAGUGGAGGGAGGGACCUUAAGUGGCUGGUGGAGAAGUGUGGGAGCAGGUACCACGUCAUCAGUAAUGUGAAUGGGCGUGGGGACACCGCUCAGGUGUCUGGCCUACUGGAGAAGGUAGAGAAGAUGGUGGCCGGGAACAGGUGCGAGGCCUUCUCGUCGCUAGUGCAGGAGGUCAGCGACCUCACCAGACAGAGGAACGAGAAAUUCAACCAGCGUCUCAAAGAGGUUGGUGACAAGAUGCAGCGUCAGGAGAUGGAGCUCAAGAGGAUGAGGGAGAGGGAGGUCAAAAGCAUCCGCUGGUUUUUCGAUCGGAAGAAGAAAGUUAAAUCUCCGGGGAAGUCAGGCGUGGAGAAAGAGGAGGAUGGAGGAGAGGAGGAGGAGGAGAAAAGGAGUGAUGGGAGGAAGAACGAAAUGGGCGAACUAGAGGAGAGGAUUCGGUGGCUGACGGAGGAUAAGGAGAGAGAGAUUCAGGAUCUGGGUGCGGAAAACUACAGAUUCAUCGCUGCGCUCAAUCAGAGAAGCAGGGAGCGAGAGGAGAUAGUCAUCAAGCUAGAGGAGAGAGAGAGAGAGAUUGACGAGCUGAAAGAGCGAGUUGACGAGCAGCAAGUGAAACUGCUCGACCUUGAGCGUGUCAUCGGGGAGAAAGAACGAGAUAAAAAAGAGAGGGAGGAAGAGUUUAGAGGGAAGCAUCAGGAAUGGAGGAGGGAAGCAGAGGAUUUGAAAGAAAGGAUAGCCCUGGAAGAAAAAGAAAAAGAGGAAUGGAUAGGAAGAGGAAAAACGUCACAGAACGAGAUGUAUGAGUCAAAACAGUUGUAUGAGGAGAGACUUUUACAGUAUGAGGAAGAGAUGCAGAGAAAACUGCAUGAAAAAGAGGAAGAGAUGGAGAGAAAACUGAAUGACAAAGCGGAAGAGAUGGAAGGAGAGAGACUUCUAUCUGAGACAAGGGAAACAGAAAGGAGGGAUGAGCAAAGAAAGAGAGACGAAAGGGAAAAGAAAGAGAUGAGCAAGCUGAAAGAAAUCAUUGAAAAGAAAAAUAAAGAAAUAACUGAUGCACAGCAAUUGGUUACAGAGAAAGAAAAAGAGAUUGUGGAAGUGAGGGCGAGAUCCGUUGACAACGUAAAAGAAAUUGAGCGGCUGAAAGAAAACAAUGAACAGAAGGAGUCUGAGGUGGUGGCAAUGCAACGGCAACACACAGAGGACAAAAGUAGGAGAGAUGCCGAGGCAAUGGACAAGUUACGAGGGAAAGAAGUGGAGCUCAACAACUUAAUACAAAAGGACGGGGAAAAUAAGAGAGAACUCGUCCGUUUAAGGCAAACCAUUAAACAAACAAAAACAGAACUGGAAAACUUAACUGCCACGAUGGAGAAGGAAAGGAUGAACAUGAUACAGGAAUAUGAAAAGGAAAUCAAGACGAAGGAAGAGGAGAUGAGGUUGAUGUUAGAAGACCACGAAAGUGCUGUCAGCCAACUGCAGAAAAAGGAGGCGGAAAGUAGAAGGAACAUUUCAGGCGUGACAGAAUGCUUAAGGGACAGCCAGGGGAAGGUUGAGGUACUGCAGGAGCUGAACGUGAAAUUGAAGAAAGAGAUGGACAACCUCAGGAAGAAGUGUCAGGAGUAUGAGGAGGACCAGGGGGUUCAGAGGACCGAGAGGGAGAGCAGGGAGGCUGACAUCAGAGAGCUGCUCUGUGGAUAUGAAGAGCAGUUAAAACACAAAGACAGGGAAAUCCACCAUGUUAUGGAAGAGCGGAACCUGGAGGUUGCUGCGUUGAAACAGACAAACGACCAGAGACAGAAGGAGCUGGAGAAUAUGAAAGAAGGGGUGGAGGUGAGAGAGAAACAGGUGGAGGAGAUAAGAGGGUGCUAUGAGAAGAAUCUGAGAGAAAGGCAGAAUGAGCUGAAACAGACGGCUGAGGAAAAGGAGCAAGAGCUGGAGAAACGGGGGAGAGUGUAUGAUGAGAAGGAACGAGAACAAGCAAGAAGGAAAGAAGUGCUGGAUAACAGAGGACGUGAACUUGAGACAAAAGAUGCAGAGCUAGUGAAAAGAGAAGAAGUGCUAGUGAAAGGAGAGGAAGGGCUAGUGAAAAGAGGGAAAGAGCUAGUAAAAGGAGAAGGAGCACUAGUGAAAGGAGAGGAAAAGCUAGUGAAAAGAGAGGAAGUGCUAGUGAAAAGAGAGGAAGUGCUAGUGAAAAGAGAGGAAGUGCUAGUGAAAAGAGAGGAAGUGUUAAUGAAAAGAGAGGAAGUGCUAGUAAAAGGAGAGGAAGAGCUAGUGAAAAGAGAGGAAGUGUUAAUGAAAAGAGAGGAAGUGCUAAUAAAAGGAGAGGAAGAGCUAGUGAAAAGAGAGGCAAAUCUAGCACAAGGAGAGGAAGAGCUAUUCAAAAGAGAAGAAGAAUUAGUGAAAGGAGAGGAAGAGCUAAUGAAAGGAGAGGAAGAGCUACUGAAAAGACAGGAAGGGCUAGUGAAAGGAGAGGAAGAACGAGUGAACAGAGAGGAAGAGCUAGUCAAAAGAGAAGAGGAAUUAGUGAAAGGAGAGGAAGAGCUAGUAAAAGGAGAAGAAGGGCUAGUGAAAAGACAGGAAGAGCAAGUGAAACAAGAGGAAAAGCUAGUGAAGAGAGAGGAAAAUCUAGCGAAAGGAGAGGAAGAGCUCUUCAAAAGAGAAGAAGAAUUAGUGAAAGGUGAGGAUGAGCUAAUGAAAAGUGAGGAAGAGCUAGUGAAAGGAAAGGAUGAGCUAUUUGAAAGAGAAGAAUUAGUGAAAGGAGAGGAAGAGCUAGUGAAAAGAGAGGAAAAGCUAUUCAAAAGAGAAGAAGAAUUAGUGAAAGGAGAGGAAGAGCUAGUGAAAAGACAGGAAGAUCUAGUGAAAAGAGAGGAAAAUCUAGUGAAAGGAGAAGAAGAGCUUUUGAAAAGAGAGGAAGAGCUAUUCAAAAGAGAAGAAGAAUUAGUGAAAGGAGAGGAAGAGCUAGUGAAAAGACAGGAAGAUCUAGUGAAAAGAGAGGAAAAUCUAGUGAAAGGAGAAGAAGAGCUUUUGAAAAGAGAGGAAGAGCUAUUCAAAAGAGAAGAAGAAUUAGUGAAAGGAGAGGAAGAGCUAGUGAAAAGACAGGAAGAUCUAGUGAAAAGAGAGGAAAAUCUAGUGAAAGGAGAAGAAGAGCUUUUGAAAAGAGAGGAAGAGCUAUUCAAAAGAGAAGAAGAAUUAGAGAAAGGAGAGGAAAAGCUAGUGAAAAGAAAGGAAGAGCUAGUGAAAGGAGAAGAAGGGCUAGUGAAAAGACAGGAAGAGCAAGUGAAAGGAGAGGAAAAGCUAGUGAAAAGAGAGGAAGAGCUAUUCAAAAGAGAGGAAGUGCAAGUUAAAGAAGAGGAAAAACUAGUGAAAAGACAGGAACAGCUAGUGAAAGGAGAGGAACAGCUAGUGAAUAGAGAGAAAAUGCUAGUGAAAGGAGAGGAAGAACUUGAGAAAAGAGAGGGAGAGCUUGAGAAAAGAGAGGAAGAACUUGUGAAAGGAGAGGGAGAGCUAGUGAAAAGAGAGGAAGAGCUAGUGAAAAGAAAAGAGAGGAAGAGCUAG